AUUGAUUAAGGAAUUUAAGUUAGUUUUCUUAAAUUUGUUCGCAAAGUUAACAUCAGGCGGCCAGCACUUGCCUAUCCUGUUGGCUGUCUGCACUCAGCACUUGUCCAUUUGAAUGAAUGAAAUGAAAACAUCACUAGGAUAGAUAGGUUUCUAGUAGACAAAAAAAAACUUAGAAGUGUAUUGAGUGAAAUUUGUGUAAUUGAUAGUUUUUCUAAUUUUUUCUUCUAUUUAAUUUUCUAAUUGUGGUACAUGGCAACCCAGGUCUAGUUGAAUGCAUUCAUCCACUCAAUCAUCUGACCAUAGUCUGAAUGACAGUGAUAUUCUGAAGAUUCUUCUGAAGUUUUCUGACGUCAAAUGUGCAGAAUGGGAACCACAAUUUCCCUUCUUGGAUUCAACUGUAGUCUCCCAAGUCUCGCAGUCUGUAUCACUUGUUUUUGGCAAAGACAAAGCAGAUUUAAAAAAACUGAUUGUGCCAUUGUUGAAGAAGUGGUGUACAGGACAGAAUAAAUCUCAGCUUCUUACUCACUCUGCUUGGGUUGGACGAACGCUGACAAUGGAGGAGUGUGUAUCAUCAGUAAUAUCAGUGUGUAUUCCAAUUUUCAAAGAUGAAGAUGACUGGAAUAAAAGGGAUCAAGAACAGCAAUUGGCUUUUGCAUAUGCCAUUCUAGGCGCAGCUUUGAAUUCCCCAACCCCAUUGCACCCAGAUGCUGGUGAAAUUUGUCAAUUGAUUGUUGAUAGAAUAUUCAAGUUACAGGAAAUUGAUAAUCUUCAUCACAGAUUCCUAUCCCACAUCUGGAACUCAACUGGAGAACUCCAUUUAUCACAAUCAACUCUAAUAAAUUUGGCAGAAAAAUCAUUCUUAGGGAUUGAAAAAAUGAUACUCUGGCUAGGUCAAAGAGCAGUCAGUGGCAAUCAAGCUGCAACAGUGGAGGCAUUUCAAACUAUUGUGGGAUCAUCUUUAUUGAAGGUGUGCUCCCAAUCGGCAACAGUUUUUCAAAAUGUUUGUGAUGUUCUUUUGCACAUGAUGGUAAUCAGUGAAGCACACCCUGGGAUACAAUCUUUAACAAAGGCCUUUGUUACCGGGGUGGAAACAGAAUGCAAGAGAGAAGGUACUGAUGUCACUGUGCUUUAUCGAGAAAUAUCCCAGGUACCAUCCGCUCUUCUCUGUGUGGAUCCGUCUCUUCUCCCAGACAAUGGUAAGAAUGUGCUUUCAAAAGAAACAGUCAUACAUCUCUUAAAUGAACUGCCAAAGAAAGAAGCAGCAUGUCUGCUUUCUCACAGACCAUCCUGGCUUCUCUUUUUAAAUUGAGUAAGCAAUACUUACGCAUUCUAUUCCAAAUUAAAAUAUUCCCUUUAAUAAUGCCAGUCUCAGAUUGUAAGAAAACUGUGAUACAAAAUAUUGAAACAAAUGCGGAUGGUUUUAAUUGGAGAGUAACAAUAAAAUUUACACAAGCCGCUCAA